UGUUUAAAUUAGUCCCGGCCGGUCCCUGGUAGUAGCGGAGCAACAGUCGCGUGCGGUGGAUGCUCGGGACGACCAUGUGCACGCCGAUCGACCCGUAACAGUGCCGAGUGAACGUAUCGACCUAGUCCGAUUGAUCCUCGAAGUAAGGGCCUUACCGUACACUUAGUUACCAUCCCGUCAAAGCGGAGCCCGAUUUCGGGAGUCAUGAGAAAAAGAUUGCGCCCACGCCAGUGAUCCCAUGUACGGGAUUGGGUCUCGAUAACUCGACACUCGGGAAUUGGGAACUCGAGCAAAUGACAUCCUGAGGGGCCCAAUCGACGAAGAUGUUGCUCUUCAGGGUGGCUCUGAUCCUCUGCACCCACUGGGUGGCGAGAUGCGACCUUCUCGAUCUCUACGUGCAGCACAUGGACGAAACGAUGAGGACCGUGGCUUUCAAGAAGAGUCAAGAGAGGAGAGUAAGGCCCAGAGCCCGCAGGAGUCUGAUAGAGGACCCCCACAAGGGUUUCGGCUACUUCAAGAAGCAGCGGCUGGACGUCGACGAGAGCUUCCGGUGGAGGCCCAAGAAGCAUCCGCUGGCGAAAGAGGACGGUCUAGAGUAUCCCAACCAAGGGGAGAAGAACCCGAGCCCCGACCAGCACGAGUUAUUGAAUGGGGCCCGUAAGGCCCAGGGGGCCCAGGGGGCCGCAAGGAACUCCAGCCAAGCUCCCCCGAAACGGUACGAAGGGGACCUAGGCUUGGAAUAUUCCGAAAGGUAUUUCGGCCUGGCAGAAUCCGAAGAGUACCUUCAGGAGUUCCCAGGAGGGGCCCGUUCCCGAAAAGGGGGCCCCGAAGAAGACACCGAGUCCCAGAUCGAAUUGAUCCGUGGAUCCUCGUCGGAAAAAACCGCCGGGUCCUUGCCAGGGCCUGCUUUAAAGCGAGACCCUAAGUCCGGGGGUAGGACCCCGAAAAAAUUCGUGCCCGCGAAAGGGCCCAGAAUCUCGGGUUCCGCUCCCGCUAAGGACCCAAAGUGGGACACGAUUUCGAGGGACGGCAUCCUGGAGAGGCCCCGAAGACGAACGAAUGACCCCAAAUUUACUCGACGCGAGGUCCUUGAUGACGCCGGGGACGUCAUCCUCGAGUGGGACCCUUCGGAUGACGACCUUGUCGUGUUCAAGGUUACCGCCAGGACCUUAGGCUACGUGGGGAUCGGUUUCAACGAGAAGAGCCACAUGAAGGGGGCCGAUAUACUCCUCGCGUGGGUGGACGACCUCACCGGCGCUGUCAACCUGUUGGAUUCCCACGGAAUCGAGGAAACGAAUGGGACCCCAGUGACCGAUAAUUCGCAGGACGUCCAAAUUCUGGAAGGGUCCCAAAACGAGACCCACACAACGGUGACGUUCAGCCGGAGUUGGCAGACCUGCGAUCCCCAGGACCACCGACUGACGGGCGACACGGUGCGAGUACUUUGGGCGCUGCACACAACGGACCCAGAAUUAAACACUCCCUUAUGGCACGGGGAAAGACGCGGAGGUCGGGCCCUGAGACUUAAGGCCUCGGCUCCCCACCCGCCGCCACCUAAGGACACUCCUGACCUGCGACACUGGGAUGUCAAACUGAACCAGUUCGCCGUUUCCGACGACUCGGACACGGUCUAUUGGUGCAAGAUCUUUAAGGCCCCACAGUUAGCGAAGAAGCAUCACAUGAUCGGCUACACGCCGCUUGUCGAGAAGGCUAACGAAGACCUUGUGCAUCAUGUUAUCCUCUACGAGUGUGCUUCAACCGCCCCCAUUUUGGGCCUACACGCCAGGAUCGUCGGGUCCCCAUGUUACAGUCCCACCAUGCCCAGAGAAUGGGACUCGUGUCUUCAACCAGUCCUUGCUUGGGCUCGAGGAAGCAGAGGUGAAUGGCUUCCUGACCACGUGGGGAUCCCUAUAGCGGAGCACCGAGAGGGCUCUUAUUACAUGCUGGAGGUCCAUUACAAUAAUCCGGGCCUGAAGAAAGUCGUGGACAGCAGUGGAGUCAGGUUGCACCUAACUCCACAAUUAAGGCCCCAGGAGGCUGGGAUCCUUAUAGCAGGGGUCGCUGUCAGCCCCCUGCACCUGGUGCCCCCCAGACAGAAGGAGUACGCAACUGCUGGGUACUGUACCCCCCACUGUACGAACACGAUGUUCCCCAAGGAAGGCAUCAACGUCGUGUCCGUGGUCCUUCACUCUCACCUGGCAGGGAAACGCCUAGGUCUGAAACAUAUUCGUCAAGGCAAGGAGCUACCCAGGAUAGUCCAGGACAACCACUUCGACUUCAACUACCAGCAAUCCCACACUCUGGAAAAGGAAGUAAAGAUACUUCCUGGUGACGAAUUAGUGGCCGAGUGUGUGUAUGGAACUUUGGACCGAUCCAGACCCACUUUGGGAGGAUACGCAGCCUCCCAGGAGAUGUGCCUCGCCUUCGUGGUUCACUAUCCAAGAACUCCCUUGGCGGCUUGCUAUAGCAUGACACCCGUCAAAGAUUUGUUCAGGACCUUGGGAGUUUCCAGCUUCAAAGGAGUCACAGUGGACCAUCUAGAGAAACUGUUUCUCACAACAGGGACCGAUUCGGUGACGCUGCCUUCGACCACUCAGCAGCAACUUCCGGUCUACCCAGCUACUCGACCAAGUGAAGAUGUUGAUGCAGAUCUCGUUAAGGAAGCGGAGUCUGCUCUUAAGGCAAUGAGAGAUUUCUCGGAUGAAAGAGAAAGCGACAACGUCUUCGCCAGACUAGUGAUUGAAGACCCUGAAGAAUUCCGAGGUCGCACUCUUGCAGAACAUAUGUUGGCUCUACCUUGGACAGAAGAACUGCUAGCUAGGUCUAUCGAAAGGAGCCUCUACCAUGGGAGACAUAUGACUUUCUGUAGAAAACGAGACGACAAACUUGCUCUGCCUGCGGAUAUUCAGAACUUCCCGAAUUUCACUGCUUUGCCAGAAGUUAACGACACUAGCUGCAGUGAAUUCCAAGUCACAUCCGGUUCCGACGUUCCUGGCUUUUUCGUCAGUUUCUUUAUCUUGACGACAAGCUUAUCACACUGGCUUAGCUUCUUUUAAACCGAAAAGAGGCCGGCUAGUGCUACCCUGUACAUUUUUCUUUCUCUGAAACCUGUAAAUUGGC